UCGACGUUUAAACAGUAGUAAGUUAGCUAUGGCAUUGAAAAAAAGUGUUCCAGCACGUUAUGUACUAGUAUUAUUUAUCUUCCUGACGUCAAUGGUACUGAAAAGUCAGAGAGCGAUGAUGAACGUAGCAAUUUUAUCCAUGGUCAAUCACUCGGCGAUAUUUAUUAUGCAAAACGAAACACAUUCUGACGAAUGUCCCGGAGGUAACGAAGAAAAUGUCACAUAUACCUAUAUGGAGGGAACUCAUGUCUGGACACAGUCGACUCAAGGUAUUAUUCUUGGAAGUUAUUUUUAUGGUUACGUCUUUGCACAAGUGGUCGGUGGUUACGUGACAUUCUUAUUAGGUCCCAAAAACGUUUUCAUAGCUACUGCCUUAAUUUCAUCUAUAUUUGUAUUAUUAACUCCAACCACCACAAAUUACGGUGUUGCAAUUGUAUCAUUAGUGCAAACUAUAAUAGGCUUAUCACAGGGUUUAUUUUAUCCUGCAUCAUAUACUAUCUUAGCUAGAUGGAGUCCCGUAAAUGAAAAGUCAAGAUUCGUUUCUAUAUGUGCUAGUGGAAACCAAGUUGGCUCAAUCACAGGAAUGAUCGUAACUGGUUACCUCUGCCAAUAUGGAUUUGCCGGAGGAUGGCCAUCCAGUUUUUAUGUUUUUGGAACUUACGGAAUAUUCAUAUCACUGCUGCUAUGGUUUGUAGUUUAUGAAAGACCACAAGAACAUCCAAGGAUAUCUUCUACGGAAUUAAUGCAUUUAGAAGAAAAUGUGUCGAAUUUAUCUUCUCGAGAAACUAAAUUGCGUAUACCUUGGAAGAAAAUUUUACUUUCCAGAGUGUUAUGGGUUAUUGCAGUAACAAAAAUAUGUUGGGGCUGUGGAUUUUAUACUUUAUUGGCUAAACUACCAUCGUAUUUAAAAAUUAUGCUUCAUUUUCCUAUACAACAGAAUGGUUUGAUCAAUGCUUUAGUUUACUUUUCGGAUGCUAUAACAAUAUUUCUCUCUGGAUUUAUUGCCGAUUUUAUAAGAAAACGACAAUAUUUUAGUUUAACUAACACCAGAAAAAUUCUUGAAAGCAUUGGUAUGUUUGGCCCAGCAUUCUGUAUUUUAUCAGUUCCAUUUUUAGGGUGCGACAGCACUAAAGCUAUUAUAUCACUGACUCUUGCGAUGGGAUGCUUUGGUUUCUGCACUUCAGGAGAUGCCGCCAUAGUAUUCGAUUUGGCACCUGAUUUUGCAGGAGUGUUAUAUGGCAUCACAAGCGGUUUAGCUUCUAUUCCAGGAUUCAUAACGCCUUAUAUAGCAGGCUUAAUAUUAGAUAAGAAUCAAGGAAGCCUUCUUCAAUGGAGUUAUGUCUUCUACAUGGGAUCUUCCUUUUAUUUCGUUGGUGGAAUAGUGUUUAUUGUAGGAGCUUCUGCAGAAUUACAAAGUUGGGCUAUUCAGUCACCUAAUAAAGAUGAAAAAAAUUAAACUACUGAACAUUGAUGACAGGUUUCACCUAACCAGCAGACUUGCUACGUAGAGUUUGCCGAGUUUUCUUUAAAUGUCUAACAAGUGUCAAUUUCUCAUAGAAACAUAACUCUUGACAGAUCGUUCAUGUGUUGGAUACCGUAUGUGUUAGUUGCGUAGUUUAACACCACAUUUCAUUUUCUAUGAAUUUUAGAAGCAACAAAUGAUACUACUAUUUAGAGGUUUUGUUUGAGUAUAUAUAUGUUACCGGCCAAACUAGUUUGUCCUAGGCAAAACUUGUUUAUCCUACGCAUGUCAGGAUAUACUAGUUUAGCCUACGAUAAUCUAGUUUAGGCUAAAUACUUUAGACUUAACUAGUUUGACCUAGGCCGAACUUAUUUAUGUACUACAAAUAGGUGCCAGUGUAAAAAAAAAUGAUUUUGUGUAAUUCGAAAUGCCACCACAGUACACUCGGUGGUUAAAGUGUACCUAGGUAACUGUGCUUCAGUUAGGUUGGUUUGGUUUAGUAGGUUGGUAGGUUUGUCUAGGCAGUGCUUCAGUUAGGUUGGUUUGGUUAAAUUAACUACAUUUUUAGUAGACGUUUCCUUUUUUUUCUUUUGUUCAAGAACUACCGUGAAUCAAUAACUAGUGACGUUAAACAAUGGGCGGCCUGCCGGCAGCUUCCCUAUGGGAGGAGUCUGCUGGGAGCACGAACAGUCCGAAGUGCCACUAUUGGGGUUACCUAGGUACACUUUA